AUGCUCUCUACUCCCUUCAUUGCUCUCUCGCUCAUCGCCACUCUGCACUCUGCUAGUGGCUUUGCACCAGCACCCGCAUCUCGUGGCAGUCAAUCACCAUCACAUUCUUCUACUUCAUUCUUACAUGUUGGAAUUUCGUUUGAUGAGGAUAAUGCUGACAUUAUCAGUGGUGGCAGCAGCACUUACCCUCAGCUGCUGCAACGAGCCAACGAUUGUGCCAAGGACGAAGAAUGCUCUCUCGAAGAGUGGGAAUCUGUCAUUACAGAGAUUGAAUACAUUUCGGAAUUGGAUGCUUCCGAUUUGGAACGUCUGAAGGUGGGAGUCCAUCAAUUAGAGGAACGCUCUGCACUAUCAUCUUGGAUUUCCACUGCGAACCUACCAAUGGCCGUAUUGAUGUUUCUGGCAUCAACCUACAGCACUGUGACAGCACCGUACGAUGACAUUGUCAUUCGGAUUGGCUGGUUCUUUCAGGACUGGAACCAAGUGGCCACUCAAUCAUCGAGCUCGACUUCAGAACAUUUGCCACUCUUCAUGUGUGCGGCGGCUACCUAUGUGGCACUCAGCGAAGUGGCAUCUUGCUUUCUUCCUGCAAAUAAUGAAAAGGAAUGA